AUGGAUCCAGUUCAAGUGGACGAUCUUGAUCAACCUGUUAAUGAUGUUCAAGUGGAUGAUCCUGUUCAACCUGUUAAUGAUGUUCAAGUGGAUCCAAUUCAAGUGGAUGAUCAUGCUCAACUUAUUAAUGAUGUUCCUGCUCAACCUGUUGCAACUGGGAAGAGGAUUCGAAAAUACUCAGAAAGAAUUACCGAGAUAGGGUUGAGGAUGAAGGUUUUGAAGAAAGAAGGAAGCAUUGAUCACCACCCAAUGGUGUUGGAAUGA